AAACCCGAUGACGCAACCCGGAAGUUAAAUGAUCUAUUUCCAUGGGUUGUUGUGUUUUAAACCAGAAGUAACGUUAGGUGUACUUUCAGCUUCAUUUAACGUUACCACUUCAGUCUUAACUUUAAUUAGUUCGGGCUCGGGUCAAGAAGGCAACAAUGAAACGGCGUGAGGUCAUAGUUGUGUUGCAGUUUCUGUUGGUGGGACACAUCAAGAGUUGGGAUGACGGCAGCGUGCUGCUGCGUGACAUCCAGGCAUUGACUCUGUACAAGGAUCGAUACUCCACCUCGAGGCGCUCCACCCCAGUGCCUCAGCUCCAGUGUGUUGGAGGCUCCGCAGGAUGUCAGGCCUUUGUCCCAGAAGUGGUCCAAUGUCGGAACAAAGGCUGGGACGGAGUGGACAUACAGUGGGAGUGUAAGACUGAUAUGGACAAGGCCUACCGAUUUGGUCGCAUUGAGGUGAACUGUGAGGGCUACAGCCACCCUGCUGAUGCCCUCAUACUGAAGGGCUCCUGUGGGCUGGAAUACACACUUGAGCUGACUGAAGAGGGCCGGGGGACGUCACAAGGCAGCUGGGGUUCCCAAGGUGGAUCCAAGGGAUUUGGAGGUCUCAGUGGCUUUGCCUCUAGUUUCUUCAGUGCUUUCUCUGGAAACCAGCAUCAACGGCAUCAGCCCAGCCAGCAGAACCAUCAGAGCUCCCAACCCUCAGGCAGCGGGGACUCAGGAGGUCUGCUGGUGGUUGCCGUGCUUCUGCUCUUAGCGUACGCCGUCUACAAGCUGUUCCUCAGUGGGAACACAGCCCAGUGGGGGCAGACCAGUGGACAGGCAGGUUAUCCCAGAGAUAAUCACCAUGGCUCCACCGCAGGUCCACCGCCCCCGGGAUUCAAACCUGAUUUCACAGGCAAUCCUGGUGCCAACCCGGGUUACGGUUUCCACAGUGACUACACUCACAGACAACAGUACCCAGGAGGCCAAGCUCCUCCUGGCACAGGUGGUGGCUACUGGACCGGCAUGGGAACAGGAGUGCUGGGAUAUCUCUUUGGUCGUCAGAGAAGCCAGCCCUACAACCAUGACCACUCCGCUUCCAGCAGCAGCAGACAUCCUCCAUCUCCCUCUGGGACACGCACUGCUUCAGGUUUCGGAGGAACCAAGAGAAGAUAAAAGUUGUGGACGUGGACAGUUAAUGGAUGAAACAAAAAAUAUUAAAAGACGGGCUCAGUGUUGGCUGGAUGGAAGGUCAAAUGUGACAAAAGCAUCAUGAGAAGACGCUUUCUUCAUGAAAGAUGAACUCGUCACAUUGCUUCUCAGUUCUACUUUCCUCUGGAGAGGUCACUUAGAUGUCAGCUACCAACAGGUGAAAGUGUGGUUUGAGCUUUAGGCUGAAGGCAUCAGUGUUUGGAAGAGCAUGGUAUAAUUAUGUGUUUUAAGAAGAUGAUCUUGCUCAUUUAAUCAAUUUAUUCAUGCAGUCUGUUUGGGUAAAAUAGAUGUCUAUGUUUUCUCCUGUUGACCGACAUAUGAUCAUUAUGAAAACUGUAGCACCUUUUGCAUUUCACAUGAAUGAAAAGGCAGAUAUAGAAAAAAGAAUAUGCACACACAUGAGGCAAUCAUUGUGACAUCAAUUAUUUGAACUGCUGAACCCGUAAAGGUUUUUUUUGUGCUCUUACCUCCUUUGCCUUCAUUUAAUGAACAAAGUAAAACAAAUAUCAUUUUGAACAUUGGAAGUGUUUUAUUAAGACAGCAUAUUGUUUGGAUGUAUGACAUUUUAGUAACUAGCUAAUUAAAAGAAAAACAAAACAAACGCUCAUUCUCAAAAGUAAAAAUGCAUCAAUUCUGAAUUAUAAAGUAUUUUACAUGUGCAUAAAUUGUCAAUAAUGCAUGCAUUAAACAAAGUUGAAAACAUU